AUGAAUAGAAGAAGCAAGAAGAGGUUGAAGAAGAGAAAGGCGGAGGAUUCUAGCCGAGAUAUCAUAGAAAUUCCCUUACAUCGGCGGAAACUUGGUUGUGACAAUGAAGUCGUGAUCAUUGAGAAUGGUGACAAGAAAGAAGGCGGUACUGAUCACACAGGGGCUAUGCUUCUACCAACACGACAAUCGGCGGCGAACCAGCUUAUUGUUGCUCUGCGUGGGAAGCACUUCGUAAUUGUCGAAGGUCCCAUGGGCUGCGGAAAAACAUUCCUGGCGUCACACGCGGCCAAAGAGCUCGGCUUGCCACUGAAAACUAUGCAAAUGGGAGAUCAAGUCGACUCUAAGAGCUUGUUUGGAUCUUACCACUAUACUGAGGUAGCAGGACAGAUUUUGUGGAAAUCGUCUAGUUUUAGCGAGUGGCUUCAAGAGCGAUGUAUAAUAUUGCUAGAAGAGAUCGACUUAUCAAAUGCUGAUGUUAUCUCCACAAUUAUUCAACUGGCCUCCCGGAGGUCAGCAGUGCUUCCUUGUGGAACGGAACUCUCACUCAAUGAAGAAGUUCGCAUUGUUGCAACGAUGAGUGGAAAAGGGAAGAAAAGCAGCCUACUUGAUGGGAUUCCCGUACGAGUCAUUCUUGAUCAACUGUCGGAUGAAGAACUAAGGCGUAUUGUCACAAAGGCAUGGCCACGGAUAUCGCAUUUAGCAAAGACAUUAAUUUCCAUUUUUCGAUCAUUAGAAAAUGUCCAUUCAACGUCGAACUCCCGACAGCUAACUUCAACUGAUUUACUCCGAGGAUGUGCUCGCGUUAACCAACUUAGUGAUCUCUCGUCAAAUAUAGCUAUAUUUACGGAGUUGGUUGACGUCUGGUGUCUUGCUGAUGUUCCCGAAAGAGCCCUGAAAUUAUGUGAAAAGGUUGCUGCUCCACUGUCAAUUACUGGAGAUCAAGUGUCGUUUCACCUCUCUCUUCGACAGCCAACUUUUUCACGUGAUGAUCGAUGGUGCACCGUGGGAAGAUGUCGCCUGCCAAGUUCUCCUACUCUUCAUAGUGCGCGCGGUCACCGUCUAGGGCAUACACGAGAUGUGUUACAACUCAUGGAGCGCCUCGCCGUAUGCGUUAAGAACCGUGAACCAGUACUUCUGGUUGGAGAGACUGGUGUUGGAAAAACGUCCGUAGUGCAAAGUCUGGGGUCAGCGGUAAAUGCCGUCCUGAAAGUUGUGAAUCUGAGCCCCUCAUCCGACUUCGACGAACUCAUAAAUGGGUACAAGCCGACUUCGAUUUCUCACGUUCUCACACCUUUCACGCAAUUCUACUACGAAGUCUUCCGCAGCACUUUUGACACCACAAAAAAUCAGAAGUUUUUAUCACAUCUAGAGGCUUGUUUAUCGUCGGGCCGGUAUCGGGACUAUCUGUCGGUGGCUAUAGCGACAGCUGAGAAAGCGCUUCUGAAGCAAUCCAAGAAAAAGGAUUCUCGAUGGGCGUCGGUGAUAGUUCGUGGAAGGCGAAUAAGAGAAAGUCUCGAAAAUGGUGCUGCUCUCUUUGCUCUGAGCCGAGGAGCUGUGCUCGAAGCAGCGCAAGAAGGGCAUUGGCUUCUCAUUGACGAGAUUAAUUUGGCUCCCGCAGAAAGUCUCGAUGCGAUUGUCCAUGCCAUUUUGGGUGACGUUCACCCGGACUUUCGGCUUUUUGCGUGCAUGAAUCCUGCAACCGAUGCUGGCAAAAGAAGACUUCCUGCAAGUGUUCGAACCAGGUUCACUGAGUUCUAUGUACCAGAAAUGACCGACGCUCACCAAAUAGGACUAGUCGUUUCUGCUUAUCUUCCUUCGAUGAAAUCGGCCGCUGUGAAUACUCUGGUAAACUUCUAUCUCCAAGCAAAACAGCUUUAUCCAAUGAUUUAUAGUCUACGUACUCUAUGCCGUGCUCUCAUGUUUGCGGCUGAGAAUAUGUUCGGAAGUGAGGAUCGCUCUAUGUACGAAGCGGUCGAGGGAUAUUGGAUUGAGCGUGGCACAGAACUCCCUCUAGAAGAUACAAACUAUGUUGUUACGAAGACCGUCAAGCAAAAUCUCGCUGAAAUUGCGCGUAUCACCUCCAGUGGAAGGUUCCCCAUUCUAUUGGAGGGUGAAACCAGUUCAGGAAAGACUUCCAUCGUUUGCCAUCUUGGACGAAUCACUGGCAAUGCAAUUAUUCGUAUAAAUAAUCAUGAACACACUGAUGUGCAAGAGUACAUGGGGUCAUAUGUGGGUGAUGCCAAUGGCCGCCUGGUAUUUCAAGAAGGUGCUUUGGUGAAAGCGGUACGAGAUGGUAGCUGGGUUAUUUUGGAUGAAUUGAAUCUCGCUCCAACGGAUAUCAUAGAGGCUCUGAAUAGGCUCCUAGACGACAAUCGCGAGCUGUACGUUCCAGAAACGAACGUAGUUAUCAAAGCUCAUCCACGAUUCCGAUUGUUUGCAACACAAAAUCCUGCUGGAAUUUAUGGUGGACGAAAACGGCUUUCCCGAGCUCUGAUGUCUCGAUUUAUUGUGCUACGCUUCAAUAACAUUCCUUUAGACGAACUUUCAUCAAUGGUCUGCGUACGUUGCGGAGUGCACGCAUCUGCUGCAUCCAAGAUGAUCAACGUGCUCUCAAAAUUACGCGUCAAGCGGUCUAUUUCUGGGGUGUUUUCAGCAAGAGAUGGUCUUAUGACACUUCGCGAUGUGUUUAGAUGGGCAAAGCGACUUGCAACUGAUGCAACGUGUGACGAUUGGCUUCAGGUGCUCGCAAAUCACGGGUACUUCUUGCUAGCUGGGCGCUGUCGCAAUCAAAAAGACGUUGUUUCUGUGGUCGAGACUCUCGAAUCAGAGUUAAACAGAAAAAUCGAUCCAUCAGCAUUGUUCGCCAUUAAUUCACCAUAUAUGCCAAAAGAUAUCAACGCCAGUGGGAUUGUUAUGACCUUGGGUAUGAGACGGAUGCUAGUUAUGACUGAGCAGGCAUGGCUACGUAACGAAGCGGUGCUCAUAGUUGGAGAAACUGGUGGUGGUAAGACAAGUUUGGCUCAGGCCAUUGGAAAAGACUCGUUAAUGACCAUAAACUGUCAUGAGAGAACGGAGACGGCAGAUUUUUUGGGAAGGUUACGUCCAAGAGACAACGGAGGGUUCGCUUGGGCAGACGGUGUUGUAAUUGAUGCAAUGAAAGCUGGAGCUCCUCUUUUAAUCGACGAAAUUUCAUUGGCAGAAGAUUCUGUCUUGGAAAGGCUGAACCCACUUUUUGAGGAGGAUCGUACACUACUUUUGUCUGAUGCGGGAGUGGAAGUCCAUCCUGUUUCCGCUCGUGAAGGUUUUCAAAUAAUCGCAACUAUGAAUCCUGGAGGAGAUUAUGGCAAGAAAGAGCUAUCGAAAGCCUUGCGAAACCGAUUCACAGAGCUGUGGUCGAGUAACGAUUACGAAGGCAGUGAACUACUUGCAAUAUUCAACUCAAGACUGGCAAGCGUAAUUCCGAGUCAUGUUUCUUCUCCUGUGUCUCCGGCUGAAUUAGUUAUCAAUUGGAUUAGGGAAUUCUUCAAAAAAUAUAGGCACAUGUUCAGGCAGUCUGCAUCGGUUCGUGAUGUUGUUGCUUGUGCUGAAAUAUACUCAGCCUGCGCAGCCAAUGGAUUACCUCUACAUGAAUCCAUCUACGAAGCAGUUUCCGCCGUGUUUCUGGACGCUCUUAAUGGUCAACAACUGCGCGUAGCUACUGACCUUGAUGCGAUACGCAGUGACGCGAAGCUCCUGCUUCAACAACUUUCUUCUGGAGAGUUCACCUUGAGACCUCCGCCAUCAGAGAUACAAAUCACUGCGAGCUCCAUAACUAUAGGAGCUUUCUCAUUACCGUAUGGAUCUCUUCGACCUGAGUUACCAAAAGGCUUUUGCCUCCGUGCGCCGACUUCUGUCGCUAAUUUUUACCGAAUUGCGAGGGGCCUACUAAUUAAAAAACCAAUUCUACUGGAAGGUGCUCCAGGAUGUGGGAAAUCAAGCACUGUUAUGGCUCUUGCUAAGCUCACCGGGCAAGCCAUCACGAGAUUGAACCUUUCCGAUCAAACUGAUCUUUCGGAUCUAUUCGGAAGCGAUGUACCGAUAGUGUGUGAUGAUGGCAGCAUUUCUUUUCGAUGGGAGGAUGGCCCAAUUCUACGAGCGAUAAAACGUGGCGAAUGGAUACUGCUCGAUGAAAUGAAUCUUGCACCUCAAGCUGUAUUAGAAGGGCUGAAUGCAUGUUUCGACCACCGAAGAGUAUUGUACAUCGCAGAGUUGAACCGUAGCUUCGAAAUUCCAUCCGAGAGCAGCUGUCGUUUCUUUGCGUGUCAGAAUCCUCGAGCGCAAGGUGGAAAUCGGCGAGCCCUUCCGAAGUCAUUCGUCAAUCGUUUUACAAAUGUAAGUAUAAAAUUCUCGCAAUGUGAACGAAAACAAGCUUUAGUUAGGGCAUCAGUAAAUCGCUAA